GGGAGACGCUCUGAGAGAUAGAGAGAGCGCAAAAGUGACAAGAGCUCCUCGUUCACAACGAUACGGAUCAAUAAAAACCAAAACAAUUGCGGACAUAAGACGAGAAAACAAGGCAAAGUCUGAUACAGUGAAACUGAGGAUUGCCAUCGGAUCACUUUACCGGCUCAUGCUAUGCUUUGCAUUUGAUGAUAAUCACAUGCGCAGAAGCCGUUCGCCGGCCCUGGUUUCGCGUACAGAGUGGAGGUUGCGCUUGGAAGUGGACUAAACUUUAUUUUUGUUCUUUUGCAUCAAGUUUUUGGGAUUUAGAUUUAUUAAACCUCUCAUUUCCGUUAAAUUGUGGAUUUUAAACACAGAUUACGCGGAGGACCAAGAUAGUGUGGAUUUCCCCCAUAUUUAUUUGAUCUCUUUGUUACUCUUUUAUUUUUUAUUACUAUUUAAAUUAUUAUCUUUUCUGGGGGAGAAGGGACGAUCAGCAAGUUGAUUUUAGUGGAUUUAACGCAGGUGCUUCGGUCUUGAAGGACAAAAUGGAAUUGUUACUUUGACCCACGAUAUCACCGGGUUCAUUCGUAUUCAACAGCUUCGCAUUUUCGAUUGAUUUCUGAGCGGAAAAAACCCAACCAGACUGCUCUAUAAUCCUCACCGCAACACACCACUGGAAUUACAAUCAUGAACUUUGUUGUUUAUUUUGUACAAUUAUUUUGUGCUGCUCUCCUUCAUCUGUCUGUUGUUAAGGCUUCCCCCAUACCCAAAGAAGAAGGGAAGAGCACAAAUGACGUAAUUAUCUUCGAAAACGUGUACAAAAAGAGCGUGUGUAAUACACGAGAGAUGCUGGUGGACAUCAUUCAAGAGUAUCCAGAUGAGAUCGAGCACACGUACAUCCCAUCCUGCGUGGUUCUCAUGCGCUGCGCGGGCUUCUGCAACGACGAAGCUCUCGAGUGCGUCCCUACAGAGACACGUAACGUCACCAUGGAGGUAAUACGAAUCAAACAGCGAGUAACGCAGCACAAAUUUCUACUGAGUUUCACAGAACAUACCAAGUGUGAAUGCAGACCAAAGGAAGAAGUCAAAGAAAGAAAGAAAGAAAAAAAAGGCAGAGUGGCGAGGGUUAGAGGCCGAAAGAGAGCGAGAGAGGGAGAUACGGGCGAUGUCAGCGCCUCGGCUCACCUUUGCUCAAGCACCACUGCGAGCCUUGCUCGGAGAGAAGAAAGCGCUUGUAUGUGCAGGAUCCACUCACCUGUAAAUGCUCCUGCAAAUUCACACAAUUGCAAUGCAAGUCCAGACAACUCGAAUUAAACGAAAGAACUUGCAGAUGUGAAAAACCAAGAUGAUGAGCGGAGUACUGGGCAGAACACUGAAAUGAAGGAAUUUUUAUGGCACUUUCCUACCAUGAGGUUUCAUUCCCUGGACAAACUGAAACCAGUAGCCCGACUAAAGACACAAAAAGUGACGAGGACACCAAUGUGUAUUUUUAAACAAUAAUAUAUGAAUACUUAGAAUAUACAUAUAUAGAUAUAUAUCAACUGACAAUGACAGUAUGUGUGGCUGCUAUCACCUGAAACACUACAUGCAAGUAAACGAAGACGCUGCUCGGCGUGUGAACGGGAUAUUUUCAGUGUCACUGCAACUGGGCCUGUGAUUGGACGGAUGCCGACGAGUGGGCUUUGAAACCACGCAAUGACGUAAAGCUUGACUGGCAUGGGCCGCUGUGGAUUUAUAUUUAAAGACCAUCAGGACUUGACUGAAGUGAAAACGAUGGCCACCUCCCCUCCAUGACUUUACAGUAUAUGAUGUACUAACAGGCGAAAGGAGGGCAAGUGGCAUAAAAACGACUUUUUCCGGACUUCCCGGAACGCUGGGUCCAGCGAUGGGAUAUUAAUGUGGAACUUUUCUGUGAUCUCACUCUUAACUGGAGUGUGAAGGCGUAGUCAAAAGACAUCUGUACUGACUAACAUCCGAUAGGACUUGGUGUGAUAAUACAUUUAAGGGAUAUGUAUAUAUAGAAAUUGUAAAUGUGACACAAACGAAACAAAAAACGAAAUCUGUCUUUUGCCAAGGAAUGGGGAGAACCACAGCUCAAUUAUUAACAUUUUCCAAAGAAAAUAAUUGCACAGCAAUUUAGGAACCGUCAAGUUAGCAGACAAUAUCUGUAUAUACAUAUCUGAUAUCCCUUUUUGUAGUACACUACAUCUAAUUUAUAUUGUUAGAAUAAGUUCAGUAUUCUGUGUUUUUAAUUUGGUCUAUUUAUAUACAGUGUUAUUGUUAAUAUUAUGUUUUGCUUUGGUUCCUAUCGACAUUUUCACCAAUCUCAAAAAUUGUAGAGGCUUUUAUAGAAAGAAAACUGAUAUGAGAGCGGACACUUCAACAUUCCUGAAAGGGCCUUUUAUAGUUUUUUACAUGACCUACAGCUGAAGUUUUAUGAUUAAAAAAGUGCCAGAGUUGUUUGUUUGUUUGUUUCAAAUGUACAUGUUCAGUAUAUUUUCACAUUAAUAUAUUUAUUGGUGCUGUUAAAUAUUAACAUCUUUUUGGUGUUUUAGUAUGACUAUUAAACAUAUUUAUUUUCAAAUGAUAUUGUUUUUUAUUAAACUUAAAAUGAA